AUCUCCACCCACCAAUGUCUCUUCUUCUCCUCUUUAAUCUUAUUUUUUAUAUCUUUCAGUUCUUCACCCUAAACAUGAUGGAAUACAUUUGUAAAAAAAAAUAAUAAACAAGUGAUUACAUAGAAGAAUGUCAACUCAUAGCUCUUUAGAAUACAUUUUUAGGUCUCCAUGCUCAGCCCCACCUACCUGAUAUUGGUGAGAGAUAGUGUGACCUUCCUGUAUGGAAUCCCGGGAAUACAGAGGACGGGGACAUCUCUCUGGUGGGUUCCCAUUACUGGAUCUAUCUACCUGAUGAUAAUGAGGGAU